CAAUAUAUAUUCAAUAGGGCCGACAUAUGCUGAAGUUGCGGUCUCAUGCGAAGUCUACUUGGUCGGGCCCCGACGACUAUUAUAGUGUUUCACUAUUGGAGAGUACCGGGUUGUAUCACUUGCGUUAUUGUUCGCUCCCUCAGCACAAUAACCCGUUGAUAGAGGCAUUUAUCGAGAGGUGGCAGCCAGACACCAACAGCUUUCACAUGCCGUUUGGAGAGAUGACUAUUACUCUCCACGAUGUGCACUAUAUCAUGCAUUUGCGAGUUAGUGGAAAGCGCCCUAACGUUUGGAUUGAUAAGGCAGAUGCGAUUUAUGCGGGUGCGAGAGCGUUCGGUGUCGAGCCCCCAGUUAUGGAGAAAUGGUAUGGAGGCGGAUCCCGGUUAGAUGAUUUGGAUAGGAUGUAUGGCGACGAUUCUUCAUUUCCUUCCGAGUUUCGGGUACGAGCAUAUAUUGCGUACUUGCUUGGAAAGCUAUUGUUUGUCGAUAAGAGUGGAUCGAAGGUGAAAGCAGAUUUUUUCCCACUUUUAGAGCAUAUCGAUAUGAUUUCCGACCAUCUCUUCAAUGCUCUAUGGGCGCUCUCCACCCUAAUUUGAUUAAAGUAGGUUAUGUUUCAGUAAAC